AUGGACAACAUGACGAAGGAGGUGACUCCAACUGGCAGCACGCCGCCACCGACGCCGCGCCAGUCGACGGCCAGAGCAUGGCCAGAGCAGCUCAGCACGCGCGCUGCGACACCAGCGCCACGCACCAGUGCAGGCUCCGCAUUCGCCACACCAGACAGCACAGGCCGCAUGCCCCUUUCUUCAUCUGCCAACAAUAUCGGGGCAAACGGCUUGCCAAACACUCCGUUUGGAUCCGGCACCCCGUGCACCCCGUCCACCCCGUCCAGCAGUCCAAGAGUGGCGUGCACGGACAACGGUAGCCUCUUCAACUCCUCUGGAGUACCCACUGGAAAGUGUACAGAGUGUGAUAAACGCAACUCAAGUAUCAUGCGACAAUGUCCUGGUUGUGCCUUCAAACUUUGCACGCCGUGCUUUGAUAAGAGGCCCAAGGACGGGUUAGAGAGAAAAAUACGGCAUGGGUUUGCGAUGAGCGAGUCUGCUAGUCCAGCAACACCGAGAGCAGCGAGAAGGAAGCCGAGAGAUAGUUUUGGCAGUAGUGAGACGCAAAUGGGUGACUUGGGCGAAGCGGGUGCGAGUGGUGAAGGCAAGACCAAGGUAAAGGCACGGUCGAAGCUGGAACCUACGCCUAGGAAGCGGGCGGUGAAGAAGCUGAAGACGGCAAAGUUUGUGGAGAGUGAGGAUGAUGAUACAUCUUCAGAGGAGUACGAUCCAGAGGACGCCCCACUUUCGCCUUCUAAGCGUCCACGUUGCACUCUCACCAUGGCAGACCUGCCUUGUGAGCUUCCGCUGCAAGAGCCUUCGGCAAGAAAGCGCCUCAUAGCAUCGAGUAGCGCGGCUUACCAGACACCUCCUUCUCCUUCCCCAAACCUCGCUACCAAUCCUCUGGUUUCAACUGGGGUCCCACGCAGCAAUAUGAGUAUAGACGACUUGAUGCGCACCUAUGGGGUCAACACCGUCGAAAACCCAUAUCAAGAACACCUGCUCAGCCGCCACGUACCUGUGGUCUCGAACCCUGAGAUCAGGAUUCCAGACAAGGUGGCGCGCAACUUCGCGAAUCUUCCUACGGCUGCACAGAUCCAGCAAAAUAUCCAAGAGAAGACGUUGAAGAAAUUGCAGGAGAAGAGAAUCAGGAAUGUAUCGGCGGCCGUACAGGAGAGUGGCGUUGCACAUCUACAAAAUCGACGUCAGGCAGCGCCACCAGGUAUCAAAGCCUGCACCGUCCGUGAGUUUGUCAAGAUGGAGGCUGUCAAGUACCGAGACGACGUCACCAUGGAUGAGGACGAGAAUAAAGCGUUGGCUGGACACCUCGACGCCGAGGCGCUCUCUUGGGGCACCAGGACUUGGCGUGGCCUUUCUGACCAGCGAAAGAAUGAUUUGCGCCCGGGCUUGAACCUACGUCUUGAUCUGCUUGAUGAGCCUCCUGUCUCCAAGUCGAGGCUCGCAGGAUUACUCAAGGAGGAAGCAGAGAAAAAGUUACGGCGGAUGCAAGAGGAUCGUGCCUCUUAG